CCCAUAGGCUACGAUCAAAUUUCAAACAAGCGGGGAGGGUGGAAAGCUUUUAGCGGAUUCUCUGUUGGUUCCCGCCAUUAAAGCCUGCUCCACCUCCACUCUACUGGAGCAACCAGACCGAAAAUGGCUUCCUCCUCGGCUUCACUUAAAUCCAAAACCAGAACCCUAAUCGACAUCUUCCAGCCAGCGCUUUCCAAACGCUUAAAAACCUCACAGACGCUGAAAACCCUUGCAACCACGGACGAGAAAUGCGAUUCAGAGCUCACAUUGGCUUCCUCUUCGAUGGACAUCUCUUCCUCUCAGAAAUCCCGCAUGGAAACCAACAAAUGGUUGGCCAGAUCGAACCGCAAUCUCAAAAUUUCCUCAGAUAGGGUUUCCAAAUGGGAGAAUGGAUGUGUGAAGUUGGAGGAGCUUUUGGUGGACGAGACAUGGUUCGAAGCCCUUCCCGGAGAGUUCCAGAAGCCCUAUGCUCUUAACCUCUGCAAGUUCGUAGAGACGGAGAUUUGCAGCAGCGGUGUCCCUAUUUAUCCUCCUCCUUGUUUGAUCUUUAAUGCUCUGAAUUCUACCCCUUUCGAUAGGGUGAAAGUUGUUAUUCUCGGUCAAGAUCCUUAUCAUGGGCCUGGUCAAGCUAUGGGUCUUUCUUUUUCUGUUCCUGAAGGAGUUAAAAUCCCAUCAAGUCUUCUCAACAUAUUCAAGGAACUGAGGGAAGAUCUUGGUUGUUCCAUCCCGUCCCAUGGAAAUCUUAAGAAAUGGGCUGUUCAGGGAGUCUUGUUGCUUAAUGCUGUUCUCACAGUUCGAAAGCAUCAAGCUAACUCUCAUGCUAAAAAAGGAUGGGAACAAUUCACCGAUGCUGUCAUCCAGACAAUAUCACAAAAGAAGGAAGGGGUUGUCUUUCUCCUUUGGGGGAACUCAGCUCAAGCGAAAUUGAGGUUAAUUGAUGAGAAAAAACAUCAUAUUCUCAAAGCCGCGCAUCCUUCUGGUUUGUCGGCCAACAGAGGCUUCUUUGGUUGCAGGCAUUUUUCUCGAACAAACGUGCUUCUCAAGGAGCUGGGUAUUGGCUCCAUAGAUUGGCAACUCUGAUCAAAAUGCUUGCUCGAACCAUUGCAGUUAAUUUUGUGGCUCCAUAGUCUGCUUGAUUGACGAUUUUUGUGGAAUUUUCACUUGUUGAUUCAUCGUUGUUUAAAUGAUGAGACGCCCAUCCUUUCCCAUUUUUGUAUUAUAGUGUUUAUACUUGUAGUUAGAUAUUGAUCCCAAAGCAGCAACACCCUUCUUCUUUAUGAAUUAGGGUAAAAUUAGUAGAAAGUUGGGCUAAAUGUGUGUUGGUAGCAAAUGUUUGGGUGUUCCUUCAACUCUAUGGUGAAUGAUUUUGAUUUU